UCUUGAAUGCCAAAAUGGCAGCCGGCAAAGCGUCCUUGGUGGCGAUUAGUGUUCGGUUUAUUUUUAAUAAACAGUUUCUUCCACGGACCUCACCAUGUCCACUGUUUGGUAUUUCCACUAAACGAGGAUUUGCAUCAAGUGUACUGUCUCAUUCAAUUGAAGAAUCCAUUGCAACGAACACUCCAAGCAGCAGUUUCAGUGGACCGCUCGAACACUACAACGAGCUUAUUGAGCGAGGAGUCCUGCAAGAUGACAAACAGCAAAGAAUCGUUCUGCAAGAAUUAGAUCUAAUGCAAAAGAAGCUCAAAGGAUAUAGCAAUGAACCUGCAUCAUUUAUUUCACAAUUAUUUUCCAGACAAAAGCCACCAAAAGGUUGUUACAUCUACGGUGAUGUAGGCACUGGGAAAACCAUGGUGAUGGACAUGUUUUAUGAUCAUGUAGACAUCGCAAAGAAAAAGAGGGUUCACUUCCAUGGAUUUAUGGUAGAUGUGCACAAAAGAAUUCAUCGACUUAAGCAGAGCAUGCCAAAGAGAAAGGCAGGGAAAAUGGCAAAGGCUUAUGAUCCAAUUGCACCAGUGGCAGAGGAAAUCAGUGAAGAGGCCUCCCUGCUGUGCUUUGAUGAGUUUCAGGUCACAGACAUUGCAGAUGCCAUGAUUCUCAAGCAGCUUUUUGAAAACCUCUUUCGCCAUGGUGUUGUAGUUGUAGCCACAUCCAACAGACCUCCAGAUGAUUUGUACAAGAAUGGAUUACAACGAGUAAACUUUGUGCCCUUCAUUGCUGUGCUCAAGGAGUACUGCAAAAUACUUCGUCUGGACUCUGGAAUUGAUUACCGCAAAAGGAAUCGACCUGCAGCUGGAAAGCUAUUUUACCUCUCCAGUGAAAACGAUGCAGAUGCAACUUUGGAUAAGUUAUUUGAUGAAAUGGCAUUUAAGCAGAAUGACAUAACUCGUCCCAGAUCUCUGAAGGUACACGGCAGAACAGUAACACUGAGUAAAGCCUGUGGGACCAUCGCAGACUGCACAUUUGAGGAGCUGUGUGAUAGGCCAUUGGGAGCCGGUGACUACCUGGAAAUUUCGACGAUGUUUGACACAGUAUUCAUACGCAAUGUUCCUUUACUCACUUUGAAUAAGAAGACCCAGGCCAGGCGCUUUAUCACUCUCAUUGAUGCAUUUUAUGAUCAUAAGGUGCGUGUGGUAUUACAAGCUGAGGUGCCUUUAGAUGAUCUGUUUGUGAAUGAAGGACACCAUGAUGAUGAGAGGAACAUUUUAAUAGAUGACCUGGGCUUAAAAAGGGAUGCUGCUAGUUCCCUCUCAAUCUUUACUGGUGAGGAAGAGGUGUUUGCCUUCCAGCGUACAGUCUCGCGCCUCACUGAGAUGCAGACAGAGGAGUACUGGGUGGAAGGGGAUCGGAGCACUUCAUAGCACGUCAAUAUGAACUCCAUGUACAGAAUUGCCAAAUACAGUUAUUUCAGAAUUCCACUGUUCUCUGUUUUGGGAGGGCUUUGGAUCACCUUUAUGAACAUUUAUUUUAUUCAUAACUAUACCAUAUUUCACUCUGCUGCACUUUAUUCUUAAAUCUGCAGAAUGACUAGACAAGAAAUUUUAGUAUUCCAAUGAAAUGCAUUCACAUAUUUGAAUGCAAUUUUAACCUCUUUGUUAAUCAAAUAUGUCCAGGAUAUUUGGGAAAAUUUUACUUGCAAGUUGAGCACAGCAACGUUUCAAGAUAAAAGAAUCAACAUACUGUGUACAUCCCAUCUACACUUUCACUGAGCUGAAAAUGAUGUAAGUUAUUUUUUAUUUCAGUUUUUCUUUAUAAUUUUGGGGUAUGUGCUGAAGUAUAUUUACAUGUUAAUAAUUUGUAUGGUACGGCAAUACUUUUUUUAUUUUAGAUCUUAAUGCAAUAAUGUUAUCAUAACUCAAAUAUUUAUUUCUUAGUUACACAAUCAAACUGUGUAUUAUAGUUAUAUUUAACUAUAUUUUUAUGUACAGUCUAAUUUAUAGCAAUUAUUUUCAGUCAUAUAAACAGACGAAAAAAAGAUUGCCCCAAAGUCUUUAAUUUUAGGUCUAAGACCACUCAAAGCAUUACAUUUGUCUUUUACUUCUUCUUUUUUUUUUUUUAUCAAGUGUUAAUUUGACUAGUUUUUUCCAUGUUUAACUAAGUAAAAAAAUGCCUUUUAAAAAAUUACCUUUUUAUUUAUAUAAUGAUCAUUAUCAGUGUGAUAGGACCGGAUGGAUGUAAUAGAAUAUUGAGUUUAGGAGCACUGAAUUGGCCACCUAUGGAUUGUAAUUAUAAGAUCAUUGCACAGAAAUAUCAUAUCUGUUAUUCAUGUAUUUAUUUGGGUACAUAUAUUGAGUGGAGACACUCAAUAUUGAGUGGAUAUACUAUUGAGGAAAACAGUGGUCAGAUGGUAUGCUGAUGUGAGGUUACUUCUGCCAUUUAAGAGUUUAAAAAGAUGUUUUCAAUUUUUUUUUAUUAUUAUAAUUGUAUUUUAGGUUGUAUAGGAAGAAUAAUAUACGUUGCCCAGUCAGAUUAAAAAAAAAGUUGCUCACACUAAGAUUUCAAUAUGUCAACUUUAGCUUUGAUUACAGCACACAAUGUAGUGUCCAGUUGAAGUGUGAAAAUGAUUCCUUAUGCACCCAGAACCACUCUCUCAAUUUCUGUCCUGGGAUAUACCUGUGCCAUCAGGCAAGAAAAACUCUAUUGAUGUAAUAACCUGGUCGUUCAGUACCUUCAGACCUGACCAGAUCAGAACACUGUUUCCAGUGGCCACUAUGCAUGGUUAGUGCAUCUCUUCAUGCGCUAAGCCUACCCUGAUCUACCAGUAGGGUCAGUCUGGGCUCAGCAGAUCAUGUGACAUUAUUCCAAAGUCCACACUUUAUGCUUCAUAGUAAAUUCAAGUCUUUUUUCUGAAUACUAACAACUGGCUUACUUAGCUGCAUAGUCCUGUGAGUUCUUAUCACAUUUUGUGGGGAAAUAGAAAAUAUUUUCACUCUUAAACUUGGCUAUUGUUUUUACUGUUAUUUUUACCAUGCAACUUCAAGUGUUUAAGUGAUCUCCAUUCAUGAUCUUUUCCAACCAUGUUUCUUCAACAAAGCUGAUGGUUCAGCACUAUCCUAGGAUAUCCUAGGCUUUGGUAAUGUGUUUUAGGAUUCUUUACCAAGUUACAGUAGUUUAAAAUGUUUUCUUUUUUUUUUUUUUUUUUUUUAAGUCAGGCAGUUUAUUUAUGAAGUAUGUAGUAAUUAAAGGGAAUAUUAUGUGUAUUUAUUUGACCUUAGUAGAUUGUGUAUUACUUUGUUAAUUAAUUUAUUAUUAAUAAUUGUAUUAAUUUGUAAUUGGGGUAGGGAAAAUACUAUUGGUGAAAAUAAAGGCUUGUUUUUAAUUCUGACUUUAAGAGAAAAAUAUAAAAUAAUUUUAGGUGGAGUUUUAGAUCUAUGCAAAUGCAGGUGCUGUGCAUAAAUUAUUACAGAUGUUGUAUUUUUGUACAAGCAUAAGUGAGGUGUGCAUAUGCAAAAUGGAGAGUACAGAGGAAGAUCUCUUGAGGUUUUUAGCUUUUACCAAAUGCACUAAGAAUUACCUGGCAAAAUACAGAAAGCCUUAUUAACUCUCCCAUAUAGAUGUAAAUAAAAUUAAUUUGUAUAUCAGUAUUGUACCACUGUAGGAUUAGUGCAGAAUGUUAUCUUUCUUUCAUGAAGCCAAAUCUGUAGAUCAGGUUAAGUCAUUGCUAGUUUAUACCAUGAGAAUAUCCCAACUCGUAGUCUUUCUCAUACACUUAAAAAAAUAGCCUAAAAAAAGCCUUUCAAUAAAAACGUAAUGCAAUUCUUUGUGUAGAGUUGGUGGUAAAUAAGACAUAGUAAUUUAUGCUGCCAACCCCCCAAAUCAACUGUUCUUGUAUUUCUUUCAACAUAUAAUUUACCUCAUGCCCCAUGUUUUUUUUUUUUUUUCUUCUUUAUGAAAAACAGGCUGUAAGAUAUGUUAUUGAAAGAGUCCAUAGAUUAAAAGAAAAUCACUUCUGAAGAUUUUUUAGAACACAAAUCCAGCAUAACAAAAGUGUUUUAAUCCAUUGGUAUAAAAGACUCCGAAGUAAGGUAUAAUCACAUUUAAUUAUGUUCUGGAAUAUCUCUCGAUGCUGACAGUCUAGACUGUGUAUUAUCACACUGUGUAAUCUAAUAUAAUGCAAAUGUGACUGAGAAAUAUAAUUGUUUUUUUUUUAUCUAAGGUUGAGAGCUUUAUUGCAGAGCAUACCAUUAAAGGUUAAAUGUGCUACAUCUCAGAACCACCGUAUGUUAUCGUGCUGAAUUGCCACAAUUAUUGAUGGAAAGUUUUGAUUAUUUGUAUUAUAAUGCUUAGGUUUACAUUAAAACUAUACCUAAUAAUUUGU